CACCAUCGCCGAGAUCUAGCCUGCUAACUCAUCAAGCAUCUCUUGUUUCUGCAAGAUAAGGCUUCAUUCUGGUUUCUGGUGCUUCUGCUGUCGGGGCAUUGGGGAUAUCUCCUAGCAGACGCCUGUGCGACAAGCAGCAGAAUAUCUGGCACUUUGAAAGUCCCAUCUUCUCAGAAUUACGCUCAUGUUGGCAUAAGACAUAGCCAUACAACUUGCAAGUGAUAGUAUCGAUUCGCCUCAGCUGAAUAAACGCUGGUCAAUAUGGCCUUCAUGACCAGACUUGCGACCUGGCUUUGGGGUCAAGAUCCAAAGGAUCGGGCUCUGCUUGCCAAGUUGGACGUUACUCUGCUCCCUUAUUUUUCCCUUAUUUGGUUCCUUUUUGGUGUAACACGGUCUAGCUAUUCCUCGGCCUACAUCAGCGGUAUGCGAGAGGCCCUCGGGUUCGAGGGGAAAGAAUACAACUACAUGAGCACCGCGUACCUGGUAGUCUAUGCUGUCUGCCAAAUGCCCGGUACAAGCCUUCUCACAGUGGUGCGACCGAAAUAUGUCUUUGUUACUGCCAAUGUUACUUGGAGUGUCUUGACCUUAAUCACGUACAAGAUGACUCGGGCCUGGCAGGUCAUUUUGUUGAAUGCGAUCGAAGGAGGGUUCUCGGCCAUCGCAUACGUUGGUGCACAAUUUAUCCUAGCCUCGUGGUACAAAAAGUCGGAGCUCGGAAUGCGGGCAGCGGUAUUCUGCGUAUUCGGCCAAUUGGGGACAUUGUCCGGUGGCUGGAUUCAAGCCGGUCUGUUAGAGACACUGGCGGGUAAAGGUGGCCUGCCUGCAUGGAAGUGGAUAUUCAUCAUCGUUUCAGUGAUGACUAUCCCGGUGGCACUCUUCGGCUGGGUCUUCAUUCCGGACCUUCCAGCACACCGUGCGGCCUGGUAUCUCACCAAUGAGCAGAAGGAACAUGCGGCAACUCGACUGGGUACCAUCUCCAAGAAGUCCUGGGAUACCACGGUCUUCAAGCGCGUGUUCCUGAGCUGGCAAUUUUGGCUCCUACCGUUUGUUUUCAUGUUGUAUUCAGUUUGUGUGCAAAUGCUAGGAAACAACGUCAUGGCCUACUGGCUAGCCUCACGGGGGUACACGGUCGUUCAGCAAAAUACCUAUCCUACCGUCAUCCAUGCAACUGCCGUUGUGAGUAUAGUUGUGUAUGCAGCGAUUUCAGACAAGCUACAAUCGCGAUGGGAGGUCUCUAUCGCCAUCGGUCUGACUUUUGUCAUCGGCUCGGCUAUCCUUGUCUCGACCCCUUCCACGGACGCUGGCUACUUUGUUGCCUUCUACUUACUCGGAACAACAUACGCUCCCCAAGCUGUCUGGUAUUCUUGGAUGGCCGACGUUACAGGCCACGACCUCCAGCUGCGUGCCAUUACAACCGGAUUCAUGAACUCCUUUGACUUUGCUUUUGUGACCUGGUGGCCGUUGGUCUUCUAUCCAGUAACCGAUGCGCCCAACUUCAGGAAAGGGUAUAUUGCGAGCUUGGUGACGGGGAUGUUAACUCUCCCAGUCAUCGGUCUUAUUGCUUACCUCGAGAAAAGGGACACCGCUAGAGGAAUCAUUGGAAGAACACGUGCUUACAGUUUACUCGAAGAAGACCGGGUUAUACCCCGAGGUAAUGAGCCGGGAAAGUAUGGAAGCACUGCGAUAACCGUGCGCAACACUGAGGACGGUGUGUAGCCAUUCAACAGAUAUCAGACACAUGGCUUAGUUCAUCUGAUUUCGCUUCUGUAGUUUGAGAGAAGCUGGAUGUGCUUGUUUCGUCACUUGGCCAAUAACAGACUGAAGAUGUUUUCAAGGCUGUGUCAAUCCUCAGGGAUGAUAUUUGUCCGUCAUCUAGAAUGUACAAUGUCACCACCUCGGAUGCCAUAUCCUCCUACAUAUCUGCAUCUGAGGGAGCUUCUAAAGUAGGGCAUACGAAAAUCUCAUGGGCGCGGGGUGACCUCUAGAUCGCUCGGGUUUCCGUAUUCGGUAAGACAUUAUGUCCCUGGCUACUUUGACCCAGCCUUGCAAUAGUC